AUUUGACGUUGCAAUAGUUGACGUUUCGGUAUAACCUAAACUGAAACCGAUCCCAAACUAAAAUUUUCGGAAAACAAGCAAAAUUGUAUCUUUCAAGCUUGAAAUGGAGCAAUUCUUUACACUGCCUUAUUUUAUCUUGGAAGUUCCUCAAAUAAAAAUAAAGAAACCAUCAUGGAUAAAGAAACCCUCGGCUAUGAUGAUGUUCUCCAUCGUACUAGUGUCUUAUUUUUUAGUAACUGGAGGUAUCAUAUACGAUGUGAUAGUAGAACCGCCAAGUGUAGGAUCAACUACAGAUGAACACGGCCAUUCAAGACCUGUGGCAUUCAUGCCUUAUAGAAUCAACGGUCAAUACAUUAUGGAAGGUCUCGCAUCGAGUUUUUUAUUUUCAAUGGGCGGCUUAGGAUUUAUAAUACUCGACCAACUUCACAACACUUCCACUAACAAGCUAAACAGGAUAUUGAUUGCCACAGUUGGAUUUAUUUGUGUGUUAGUUUCGUUUUGUACUACAUGGGUGUUCAUGAGGAUGAAACUACCUGGCUAUCUUCAGUCGUAGGAUUGUAUUUUUUAACUCAUACAAGAUUUAUUUAAUUUAUACCUUUCGUGAAAGUUUUUUCGAAUAUAAAAUUAGCAAACUACCAUUUAUAAAUCUGUUUACUUUAAAAUUGUUACCUUUAUUAAAAGUCAUAAGGAGACUAGAAAAGUAUAAAUACUGGAUAUCUACUUGGCUUACAAACGAAUCCUUAAUGCACUAAAAAAUAAAAGUUAUUUUAGAGUUUAAUUGUGAACGAAUGUAAAAUGUUACCUCAAAAAGUCUGAAGAUCUAUCAGUAAUAUGCUCAAAUUCGGCAAAAGAAAGCGAACCAUCAUCAUCCAUAUCGGCCUCUUCCAACACAUUUUCUAUUAUUAUAUUUACUUCAGCAUCUGUAAGUUUAUGAUCACCAGUCAAUUUAGUGAUUAUCUUCUUCAAGUCCGAUACUCCAAGCAUAUCGUCACCAUCAAAAUCUACAAUUAAUUAAACAAUAACGAAUCAAUUACAGUUACACAUUUUUACCAUAUAUUCUAAAUGCAUGCUCGGCUUUCACCGACUUUGGGGCUGCCUCGCUGAACACGGACAUCAUGUCCAAGAAAUCUUCGAAAGUGCAAUCGCCAUCGCGGCUUGAACUGAACACUUCGCAAAUUCUUUCACCAAAAGGAUUUACGCUCAGCUCGGGAUAUUGCAGAAUUUUGGUCAUGGGGAGCUUGGCGUUUUUGUUGUGACCGACUUUUUCAGGAGCCAGCGCUUUGAACUUGUUGUGAGCACUA